CCAGGAAGUAGGGGAGGGCCGAGUUCCGGGUGCGAGGCCCACGGCUGAGGUGGUUGUUGGAGAGCCGAAGCAGAGGUCGCUGCGCCGCUGCUACCGCUGCGAAAGGGACCGGGAGCCGCGAUGUUCCGAAUCGAGGGCCUCGCGCCGAAGCUGGACCCGGAGGAGAUGAAGCGCAAGAUGCGCGAGGAUGUCCUCUCCUCCAUACGCAACUUCCUCAUUUACGUGGCCCUGCUGCGAGUCACUCCUUUUAUCUUAAAGAAGUUGGACAGCAUAUGAGGAUGGAGCGUCGCACUCAGCUGCAUGGGAUGAACCUGGAUGCAGUUUCUACUCCUCCGCAAGUGAAUAGGCCUGGAAAAGUGCAUGAGGCUCUGACUGAAGGAACAUACAAACUCGACUUGUUGAAAACAAGCAUAGCCCUGGUAACUGACCUUCACAGCUAAACUGUAAAACUCUAGGAAUAAUGAAGAGACUGUGGUCCUGGUGUUCCCUUCUGCCUGUGAUUGACGGCCUCCACGAAUAUUGGUGUAACAAAUUGCCCAAUCCUAUUUUUAGCAAGUAUUAAUUAUAAGGAAAUAAUGUGUGAAAUAGCUCUUGUCAAUCGUUUCUGCUUCCCUUGGUAAUUUUGUCUCCAGUGUGUUACAUUGUAUAGAUGUCAGCCACAGUGACAUUUAAGCACAGGACCCAUUAGUCUAUAUUUUUUAAUAAAUG